AUGCCACCGAGGCCUCAUCGCCAGGAAGGAACACAAGCGCGCUGCACAGGAGGACUGGCCGGAGAGCAGGCACAGAGGGACGGGUCGCAAAGUCAACGGAAUAGGCCCUGGACCGAGGACGAAGAAGUGCAGCUUGCUGUCCUUCUCCUACAACACGGGACCUCCUGGACUCGGGUGGCCGCUGGGCUCGAUGGCCGGUCAGCAAAUGCGGCGCGCUGCAAGGUCCGGAACGACAUUCGCGCCGCCUGGACGGCCUACCGCCAUAAGCGGCGGGAGUAUGGCCGGCUGCUCUUCCGGUUGGCGUACAGGAUGGAGGAGCAGGGUUUGCGGCUGGAGCAGCUGAGGCCUACAGACCUCGUUGCAGAGCUUUCCCCCAUCGACCAUCCCCGGAUUCAUGCAGCAUACUGUAAAGCACAGGCACUUCCACAAACGGAUAUGGAGUCCAACCGCCCUGCGAGUCUUCCGGUUUGCGGACCUGUCCACGAAGACCAGGACACGCCUGCGUGGGGCCUAGUAUCCGACUCCGAGUCUAUCGAGCAGGGUUACGACGAUGCUGCAUACCGCCUCAUGUUCCUUAUGGGCUAG